AAAAAAUGUCUGAGCGAGUGGAUAUGCUGUGAAAAAACUAAAGAGACAAUGUUUCAUCUUAACGGAUACUGUGCAAUAUUGUUAUGGACAUUGUCCAUAUUCAUAAUUCUUUCAAAGACUGGAUCAGUAAGCAUCAAUCUCAACAUGUUAAAUUCUCGUAAUCAUGGAGCAGCAUUAAAGCAUACAUUGAAUAUAACACGAAAUCACGAUGGUGACAUUAUCAUCCUAAAAGAUACAAACGAAUGUGAUGACAAGAAAUGUAUGGAAAUUUCAACAAGCACCGCAGUUAAAUAUCGUCGCAUUAAAAAAUCACGCAAAGAAGUCAAUCAAUGUAGAUGUCAAUGUUUGGGACAUUUGCAAACAUACCGUGAAGACAUGGGGAUUUGUGUUAAUGAUAUUGGAGAGUGUUCGUUAAUCCCAUUCGUGAGCAGCAUGAUAUCAACAGACACUGCCGAAAGAAUUCCAUUUGUGUUCCUACCCUUAAACGGGCAACUCAUUUAUCCAUCAAAAGAAUUAUUGUUUGAGCAUGGUAUGUAA